GCACAAUCUACUAGCAAAGGUUAUGCAGUGCCUGAACACGAUCAUGGCAGAAUCACCGGGCCUCAUCGCCAUCUGCCUUUUUGGAUAUCUACUCAAUGCUGAAUGUACAGUGUUUCUUGAUCGUGAAAAUGCCACCAAAAUUCUGAGCCGGCCAAAGAGGUAUAAUUCAGGAAAAUUGGAAGAGUUUGUUCGAGGGAAUCUUGAGAGAGAAUGCAUAGAAGAAAAGUGUAGUUUUGAAGAAGCCCGAGAAGUUUUUGAAAAUACUGAAAAAACUACUGAAUUUUGGAAGCAAUAUGUUGAUGGAGAUCAGUGUGAGUCCAAUCCAUGUUUAAAUGGUGGCAGUUGCAAGGAUGACAUUAAUUCCUAUGAAUGUUGGUGUCGACUUGGAUUUGAAGGGAAGAACUGUGAAUUAGAUGCAACAUGCAACAUCAAGAAUGGCAGAUGCAAGCAGUUUUGUAAAACAGGCACUGAUAGUAAGGUGGUUUGUUCCUGUACUGAGGGAUACCGACUUGCAGAAAACCAAAAGUCAUGUGAACCAGCAGUGCCAUUUCCAUGUGGAAGAAUUUCUGUGUCAUACACUUCUAAGAAGCUCACCCGUGCUGAGACUAUUUUUUCUAAUAUGGACUAUGAGAAUUCUACUGAAGCUGAAGAAGGCAUUUUGGAUAACAUCACUCAAAGCACCGAGCCAUCUAAUGACUUCACUCGGGUUGUUGGUGGAGAAAACGCCAAACCAGGUCAAUUCCCUUGGCAGGUCCUUUUGAAUGGUAAAAUCAAUGCCUUCUGUGGUGGCUCCAUCAUCAAUGAAAAAUGGGUUGUAACUGCUGCCCACUGUAUUGAGCCUGGUGUUAAAAUCGAGGUUGUUGCAGGUGAAUAUAACAUCGAAGAGAAAGAAGAUACAGAGCAAAAGCGAAAUGUGAUUCGAGUUAUUCCUCACCACAACUACAAUGCAACUAUUAAUAAGUACAACCAUGACAUUGCCCUUCUGGAACUGGAUGAACCCUUAAUACUAAACAGCUAUGUAACACCUAUUUGCAUUGCCAACAGGGAAUACACAAAUAUCUUCCUCAAAUUUGGAUCUGGCUACGUGAGUGGCUGGGGAAGAAUCUUCAAUAGAGGGAGAUCAGCUUCAAUUCUUCAAUAUCUUAGAGUUCCACUUGUUGACCGAGCCACAUGCCUUCGGUCCACAAAGUUCACCAUCUAUAAUAACAUGUUCUGUGCUGGCUUCCAUGAUGGAGGUAGAGAUUCAUGUCAAGGAGAUAGUGGGGGACCCCAUGUUACUGAAGUGGAAGGGACCAGUUUCUUAACUGGCAUUAUUAGCUGGGGUGAAGAAUGUGCAAUGAAAGGCAAAUAUGGAAUAUAUACCAAGGUAUCCCGGUAUGUCAAUUGGAUUAAGGAAAAGACAAAGCUCGCUUAAUGAAAAAUGCAUUUCCACGGUUGAUUCAUUGGGAUUGGAACUGGAUUGGGCCCUUUAACUUCCUUGUGUCUUGUUGAAUUUAAAUAUAUACUUCUAUAAACAUUGCCUUUUCUCUUUGCAGGGGAGAAUUCCAUCUAGAAUUUAUAUUUUACUAGAAGAAGUAGAUUAGAAAAUGUAAUCACUAGAGAAAUGCAGUGUGGUAGGAAAUCAUCACCAUUUUCAAAGGGCUCAGCCCUUACCAAAAUUGUGAAGUUCUCCACCCUGCCCAGCAGGUUCUAUGGUUCUCCAUUGUGGUAACUCACCUGAUUCUCCCUCCUUAACAGCAUUCCAUGUUCUAAAUCUUCCAUGCCUCUCUCAUCAAAACAUCAACAUUCAUUAGGUCAGUAUCCAGGAUCUUUACUUGAGUCCAUCACAAGGCCAACACCACAUUCAUAAAGAGAACAUAGGAAUAGUUAACAGGUCAAAACUUGUUGGAAGCACUUCUUAUUUUUCUCUGUCUUUAUUCCUGAAUCCUUUAUCUUUUCUGACUCCCAAUCUCCAAAUCAACUUUUCUCUUUCUUACUCCCUCUCGGUCAUUUCCCCUCCACAGUCAUUAAAGGUGGUAAGGGGAGCAUUCUGUUUCACUGCUGUAUAUA